CUCUCUCCUGCUAUCUCCUAUUCCUCCUCCUCCCUCCCUUUCAUCUCUCUCGCGAGAUACCCCAUUCUCCCCACUCUACUCUCUCCCUGCUGCCGCUCUGGUGGACCGCUGACCUCUUACCGUUGACUGUUCACGGGCCCAGGCGCAGCGUUUCGGGAACCGUCCUACACCGUUCGGAGUUUGUUGCGAUCUUCCGGCAAACCGUCGACCGGCCCGAGGACACGAAGAACGCUGAUCAGAAAAGAACAAAAGAAAAGAAAAGAAAAGAAAAGAAAGAAGAGAAGACGGCGCCAUGAAGCUCGACUCCUUCGUCGCGACCGCCUUCCUGGCCUCCACGGCGGCAGCCAUUGGCCCCGCGGGUCCGAUCCCGCGGCUGCACGGGAUCGCCGAGAAGAUGAAGAACUGGAAGUGGCCGGACCCGUUCAGCUCGCCGCGGCACGAGGAGUUCACGGCGGCGUGCGAGGCGACGGGCCGGUUCCGGGCGGCGGAACACCCUCUGGACGACCUGUCGCUGGAGCAUUCGCGCGGCGGGCUGCUGGCCUACCGGGACGCGCUCAAGUCCGUCUUCGCGUCGCGCGAGUACCCGGGCAGCUGGGACGGCGUCGACCCGCACGGCUACGACCGCAAGCUGCUCAUCAUGGACUACGAGACCAUGCCGCUGCGCGUGCGCGAGUGGAUCGAGCACCAGGAGCGCACCAACGGGCCCGGAAAAGGCCUCUUCGCCGUCUACCCGCGCCCGGCCCCCGGCACCCGCGUCAUGAAAACCAUCAAGGUACCCGACGAGGUCCCCGUCAGCGCCGAGUGGCGCGCCAAGGAUGACCGUCGGGUCGCCCUGUUCGCACCCGGCGCCAUCUACGAGCACCUGCCCCUCUGGGUGGCUGAGGGGAGCGAGUGCGAGGAACAACUCGCCGACCUGUCCAAAUACAGCGCCGAGCUCGUCGACGGGGGCGUGGUGGCGUACCCCGUCGACCACAGCAGCCCCGGCUCGUCGCCCCUCCAGCGCGAGAUCGAGUUUACGAUCAAGGCGCAGGUACUCAAGCUCAAGGAGGGUGUGCAGGCGGCCGAGCAGACGGAGAAGACCAAAGAUACCAAGAGUGCCGGAAAAGAGGAGCUGUGAGCGACGUGACGGUGUACAGCGGAUAAAACGAGAGGGAAGAACGGAGGAAGAGAAACGGCAAUAACGUUUUCUUCGCACAUACAUGAUACACCGUCCAUGUACACUUUUUGAAACCAUGUUUUUUGUUCUUUGAUUUUGAGGUCACGCAAUAAAGGACUGGUGGUAAUCAUGGCAUUGCUGAUGCUUCAAUUGAGUGAGCCUCUAAUUAGAUCCCACA